GAAAUAUGUUAUAUUUACUAUGGAAACGAUACCCAGAAUAAUAAUCGAUGUAAAUAAAUGCUGCCAAUUCGAGGACACUGCGAAUUAAAACCGCAACUGAGAUGCAUAAAACGCACAACAACAACAUCAAGAGAAACCCGCAUGAGAAACACAUGAAGAAAAGGUUCACUUCUCCCGCGACAGCCGCGCCUGCGCCCUAAAAUCGAUCGGUCUGGAUAUCGAAUAUAUCGAUAAUAUCGAAAGAGGAACAUUCGGAGGAGCCGCCAGAAGGGGAUUACAUAUAGGGCAGAUCCACCACCGCAGCACAGGCAGAAAAAGCGUGCAGAGGGAAAUGAGAUGAAGUGGUUUCAAGUGACCAUAGAUAUGAUUCUUGUGCUUUCAUUUAUAUCAAGCAGCACAGCGAAUCCGGAUGCGAAACGAUUGUACGACGAUUUGCUGAGCAACUACAACAAACUGGUCCGCCCGGUGGUCAAUGUGACGGACGCCCUCACCGUUCGCAUCAAGCUGAAGCUCUCCCAACUGAUCGAUGUCAACCUGAAGAACCAGAUCAUGACCACCAACCUGUGGGUGGAGCAGUCCUGGUACGACUACAAGCUCAAGUGGGAGCCCAAGGAGUACGGCGGCGUCGAGAUGCUCCACGUCCCCUCCGAUCACAUUUGGCGUCCGGACAUCGUCCUCUACAACAACGCCGACGGCAACUUUGAGGUGACCCUGGCCACCAAGGCCACGCUAAAUUACACGGGACGCGUCGAGUGGCGACCGCCGGCCAUUUACAAGAGCUCCUGCGAGAUCGACGUGGAGUACUUUCCCUUCGACGAGCAGACCUGCGUGAUGAAGUUCGGCAGCUGGACCUACGACGGCUUUCAGGUGGAUCUGCGGCACAUCGACGAGCUGAACGGCACCAAUGUCGUGGAGGUGGGCGUGGAUCUGUCCGAGUUCUACACGUCCGUCGAAUGGGAUAUCCUCGAAGUUCCUGCAGUGCGGAACGAGAAGUUCUAUACGUGCUGCGAUGAGCCAUAUCUGGACAUCACCUUCAACAUCACGAUGCGCCGCAAGACCCUUUUCUACACGGUCAACCUGAUCAUCCCCUGCAUGGGCAUUAGCUUCCUCACCAUCCUCGUGUUCUACCUGCCAUCGGACAGUGGCGAGAAGGUCUCAUUAAGCAUAUCCAUUCUGCUGUCGCUCACUGUGUUCUUCCUGCUCCUGGCGGAAAUCAUUCCGCCCACAUCGCUGGUGGUGCCGCUGCUGGGAAAGUUCGUGCUCUUCACCAUGAUACUGGAUACCUUCAGCAUCUGUGUGACUGUGUUGGUGCUGAACAUCCACUUCCGGUCGCCGCAGACGCACACGAUGGCUCCUUGGGUGCGGACCGUGUUCAUCAACCAGCUGCCCCGCUUCCUGGUCAUGCGGCGUCCGCUCUAUCCGAUCAGCGAGAUGAUAAAAUCCUCGCGCCGCCUAAUGGUGCGCACCUGCAACGGACUCGAACUGAGGGAUCAAAUACCACCGCUGCCACCGCCGGUGGCCUUGUCUCGUAUGCACCACAGCCCGAAGACGACAUCGCGCAGCACCUCGCCCCACCUGCAGCACCGCGCGCAGACCUACAACCUGAUGGACGAGUGCGGCAUGGGGGGCAUGGGGGGCAUGGGCGGGGGAGGGGGCGCCUCCACGAUCACCGGCCACCUGAGCUCCCUGUAUCCGCCGACGAUGUCGACGGCCAACCAGCAGACCUCGACCACGUCCUCGCUGAUCGACGCCCAGUACCACAAUCAGUACCAGCAGACGGGCGGCUCGCUGCUGGACCACCCACUGACGCCCACCAAGUUCCGCCAGAUGACCUCGACCUCCAGCCAGACGGGUCAGAAUGGGAAUGGGAAUGGCGGAGGGAACGGGGGCGGUGGCGGUGGCUACGGGGGCCACAACCUGUACCGGCAGCAGUCGAGCUGCUCGGCCAACUUCUCGCCGCUGCCGCAGCACGCCCACCAGGCGCACGCCUCCACCACCACCAGCGACCUGGGCAUGGCCAAUCCGAAUGUGAUAAAGUCGACGACGACGGUUAACUCGGUGGCCACCGCCUCCACGCUGGCGGAGUCCUGCUGCAGCGGCACCAUCCAGAUCCACCAGGGCAUGGGCGCCGGGGCGGCCUGCCAGUCGUCGGAGCUGCUGCACCACCAGCAGUUGCACCACCAGCAGAUGCACCACCAGCAGCAGCAGCAGCAGUACCAGCAACGACCCACCACCUCGGCAGCAGCGGCGGCAGCGGCAGCGGCGGCGGCGGCGGCAGCAGGAGGCGGACCCAGCACCUCGGCGGCGGCAGCAGCGGCGGCAGCGGCAGCGGCGGCCGGAACGCCACCCCCACCGCCUCCGCCGGCGGGCGUCUGUGAUAUUCUGCCCGCCUGCCAGCGCGAGGGCGGCCCGCACUGCUGCUCGGGGCGUGGCAACGUGCGCCAGAGGUGGCACACCUGCCCCGAGCUCCACAAGGCCAUGGACGGGGUCACCUACAUCGCGGAUCAGACGCGCAAGGAGGAGGAGAGCACAAGGGUGAAAGAGGACUGGAAGUACGUGGCCAUGGUGCUCGACCGCCUGUUCCUGUGGAUCUUCACAAUAGCCGUGGUCGUCGGCACCGCCGGCAUCAUCCUGCAGGCUCCGACGCUCUACGACACCCGGAUGCCCAUCGACAUAAAGCUAUCGGAGAUCGCCUCGACGACGGCCAAGCCCAAUGUGGCCAGGCCCGUGUUGUAAGCGUAUCGAUAUGUAUCGAUCCGUCGAUCGAUAUCCAGUAUUCCGGAGAACACACACCACACACAGUCUGAAGAAGCCAACAAAAGCAAAACACAAGUAAUGAAUGAAAUUCGCAUUUGUUUUUUCUUUAACCAGAGAGAAAGGGGAUACAAAACCAAAAAAAAAAAUAAUUACCAAAAAAACUUGUUCCACAAAAACAGAAUAACAGAAACGACGACGAGAAUCCAAGUAACUAUAACUAUAAUAAAUUGUAUUUGUUGUAUACAUAAAAGGUAUAACUAACUAUAAAUAAUUUGUACACUAAUGUUUAAACAGGCAAACGAUGCUAAACAAAACGGUUUUUUUUUCUAGGCAACGUAAAUGAACAGAGACAAAAAAGUGACGACAAAACAAAAAACCAAACAAACGAACAAAAUAAGUAAGUAAACCAAUUCAACUGAAACGAAGCGCAAAAUAGUAUGCAACAGAUAAAUAAAUACGAUUUAUGGUAAUAAUUGAGAGCGAAAUUAAAUUAGUGAAAUUAAAUUAGCCUAGCCAAACAUCAAGAAUAACGAAAUAAUGCAAAAAAAAAAAGAAAGAAAAAGAAAGCGUAUUUGUUGAACAAGAAAACGAAGAGAAGGGGGACAACAUUAGUUAGCUAAGCGAACCAAAAUAAAGGAACAGGAAAAAGCCAACAAAAAAGGCGUAUAUGUAUAUGUAUGUUUUUGUGCACCGAGAGAAAGCGGAGGAAAGAAACCGAAAAUUCAGUGAUUUAAAAAGUUUUCUGCCCCUGGAAAUAAUAUUCAACCUACAGAUCCAUUUAAAUAACCUAAAAUAAUAAUUUUAAUAUUUUGUAUA